CUUUAAUUGAAUAAGACCGACAAGAUGUCCACUAUCACUGUCACUGGCGCCGCUGGCCGCCAAAUUACCGUCCCCACCGGCCUCUUCAUCCACAACGAAUUCACCCCCUCCUCCGCCAACGAAACCCUCACCGUCGAGAACCCAACAACAGGAAGCACCCUCGGCACCGUCUCCGCCGCCACCGCCGCCGAUGUCGACCGCGCCGUAACCUCCGCCACCACCGGCUUCCAGACCUGGCGGACAACCCCCGGCCCAGAGCGAGGCCGGCUCCUCCUCAAGCUCGCCGACCUGAUCGAGCGCGACGCCGAGGAGUUCGCCAGCCUCGAGGCUGUCGACGCAGGGAUCCUCUAUACCGAUAGCAUGGGCAUGAAUAUCCCCCAGGCGGUUGCAAAUCUGCGGUACUACGCCGGCUGGGCCGACAAGAUCGACGGAAAGACUCUUGAGAUCCCGGGAGGCGUGGGGUAUACCUUCCGCGAGCCGCUUGGUGUCUGCGCGGCCAUUGUCCCGUGGAAUGCCCCAUUGAUGAUCACAAUCUGGAAACUCGCCCCGGCACUAGCAACCGGCAACUCCCUCAUCAUCAAAACCUCCGAAAACUCCCCUCUGUACGGCCAGAAACUCGCACAGCUCAUCAUCGAAGCAGGCUUCCCCGCAGGCGUAGUCAACAUCCUCGCCGGCCUGGGUCUCCCCGCAGGCCAGAGCCUAGCCGAGCACGCCUCCAUCCGCAAAGUCUCCUUCACGGGCUCCAGCGCUACGGGCCGGAAGAUCCUCUCCGCAGCAGCCAAGACGAACCUCAAAAAGGUCUCGCUGGAGCUCGGCGGCAAGGGUCCCUCCAUCGUGUUCGACGACUGCGAUUUGGAGAAUGCGCUCCUCUGGACGCGGAUCGGAAUUACCGCGAAUAACGGGCAGAUCUGCGCGGCCGGAUCGCGCAUCUACGUCCAGGAUACGAUCUACGACAAGUUCCUCGAGGCGUAUGUGCGUGCAUCAAAAGAAAACCCCGGUGUGGCUGGUGAUCCGCUGGACCCCGCGACGACCAAGGGGCCGAUUAAGGUCGGCGAGAAGGGGUAUUUCGUGGAGAAUACGGCGUUUGCGGAUGUGGCCGAGGAUGCGGCCAUUAUGAAGGAGGAGAUUUUUGGGCCGGUGGCGAGCAUCGCCAAGUUCUCGUCUGAAGAGGAAGUCAUCCGCAAGGCGAACGAUACCCUGCACGGCCUCAGCGCGGCGAUCUUCACCAAUAACGUGAACCGCGCGCACCGGGUGAGCAGGGCGCUGGAGUCGGGCCAGGUGACGGUCAACGCGUGGGCGAUGCUCAGCGCGAAUGCGCCGUUUGGUGGUGUCAAGGAGAGUGGAUUUGGCAGGGAUAUGGGCGAGGAGGCGCUGGAGGGGUGGACUUCUGUCAAGACGGUCAAGUAUAUGAUUAUGUAG